UUUAGGAGAUUUUCGGUCAACGGGACUGUUCCAAUUUGAGAUUAACUACAAAACCGCGCAGAUAGGCGGGAUUAAAUUAACGUCCAUAUCUGACGGAGGCGUGGCUAACGUGUGUGUGCGCGUGCACAGGGCUCUAGCAACCGCCACACGAGCCGACAAGUUAAUAAGAACGGUCACCAAAACAAGAGCUGCUGUCGAAAGUAGGAGGAAAAGUCGGCCGUGGAGACACGUUAAGGUAGUUAGCAACGCUAGCUAUGUAGUUUAGCGUCCAUAGUGUUACUAUAGUUAUUUUAGUGGAGAUGUCUCUAGCCGACCAGAGCCAGCAGUGGUACCCGACCAGCGUCCAGGUGACGGUGCUUCAGGCGCGCAACCUGCGGGCCAAAGGGAAAAAUGGUACUAAUGACGCGUACGCCAUUAUCCAGGUGGCUAAGGACAAGUUUUCCACCGCGGUGGUGGAGAAGUGCGUGGAACCUGAAUGGAAGGAAGAAGCCAGCUUCGACCUGUCGCUUUUCCAUCCCGGGAACGCCGAGCGCUGCACCUUGUACAUUAUGGUCAUGCACCGCGCCCUAGUGGGUAUGGACAAGCUGCUGGGUCAAGCUGUCAUCAACCUGCUGGACCUACACGACAACAAGAACCGGAAAAAGACCGAUUGGUUCAAGCUGCUGGAUAAGAGUGGUAAAGCAGACAAGGAGAGAGGGGAGGUUCUCCUGGACAUCCAGUUCAUGCGGAACAACAUGACAGCCAGCAUGUUCGAUCUCUCUAUGCCAGAUAAGCCUCGGUCCCGUAUCUCUAAGUUCAAAGACAAGGUCCGGGGCAAGAAGAAGGAUGGAAUAUCUGACUCCGCUUCCGCCAUAGUUCCUGCAACAGUUAGUCAGGUCCUGACAGACAGCGAGGGAGAGGAAAAAGAAAGCACAGACUCUCCAAAAUUGAAGAAGUCCUCUAAAUUCAAGACUCUUUUUGGAUCAAAGACAAAUCUCCACAGAGGCGUGUCCCAAUCCAUGUCCACCCUCGGUACGCUGCCUGAGAAGAACAGCUCGCUGACCAGCAGCCGAUCCUCAGGCCUCAAUGAAGAAUUUGCUGAAGGCAAAAGCAAGUUUAAGUUUCUGGGCCAUAAGAGAAACAGUAGCACUGACAGCAAAAUAUCUCUUGGCCCAUUCUCCCUGUUGAAUCGCUCCAAACAAAGCACUCCUGAACAGAGUAACCUGUGUAUUAAUGGCAGUCAUGUGUAUGCUGAAGAGACCAAGGCAAAUUCUGGUUCCUCCCUUAGCCUAAGUGGCUCUGCAAAGGGUUCUGUAGAAGACCUGAGAAAAUACCAUGAACGAAAUGCAUCUGCUGGCUCCACUGACUCUUUCAAGGGCCUUAGUAUUCCUACUUACAAGCCUGACUCAACAGAAAAAGAAUUUCAAUUCCAACAACGCCCUCAAGAGGACGAUGAAAAGAAGCACAAGAAGUCAGAAGGACGCCUACAGGAGCUUUUGGAUGAGCAGGAGAGAAAGCGGCACCUAGAGCAAGAGGAGAGAAGCAAAAAACUGGAUGAAGAUGAAAGAAAGAUGCAGAAGGAACGAGAGAGGAAGCGGCAGGAGGAAGAGGAGCAACAAAGAAAGAGGCGUGAUGAAGAGGCAAGAAAAGCAGAGGAACAGAAACGGCAAGAAGAGUCAAGAGUUACUGAGAGGCUCACUUCUCUUUUUGGCUUAGGGCGCAAGAAAGAGGAGCAAAUCUCUCCAUCUGUGGAGACUCCUAAGCAACUCCAAGUUUCAGGCUCCACAAACACAUUUGAGGAAAUUCCACUUGGCUCAGAAAGCCAAAAUCCACAGACAGAGGCGCGAAAUGCCUUUACUCCAGUGCCACCCUCCGGUGGCUUUCCAGCUCGUACAGCCAAGGUUUCUGCAGUCAAGCCAAGAUUGACCCUCAGUCAGAAGGCUGAAACAGAUAAUACUGAUUCCCUUGACUCCCCUCUCCCCUCACACACUCAGAAUUCUGUUUCUGCUUCUGAAUUUUCCCCUGAAGCAUCACCUUCUAGUGAUCCUUUUGAGUGUUUCGAUAUGUUUUCUAACCUCCACUCUUCUAUGGCACCUCCUAAACCAGAGAGAACCUUUUCAGACUCAUCCAGAGUCCAACAGCCACCCAGCAAUCCUGGGGAUCCAUUAAAAAAUGAAAAGCACUAUCUAAAAAAUGGAAUGCAGUUUAAUUCACCAACCUCUGAAAAGAGUCAAAGACCAUCGCUUCCUCUUCCUGACUAUGAAGCACUUUUUCCCAAGAAGAGACAUGGUGUAAUGACUGACACCCGUUGGGAACAUAUCAUUGCUGAAGUGAACCAGAGAAAGAUGACUGUUGAAGAAAGUCAAAACGAAAUGAGUGUAGAUGGUCCUGUGCAGCCUUCCUCAAAUAAAUCUUCAAUUUCUAUGGAAAGGAAUAUGCUAAACCUUGACCAGCCUCAGAGGGAUCAUCAGGUGGUGUCCUCUGCUUCCACAAAAGGAAUGGUGCCUAAGCAGCCUGUAAUUCCACCCAAACCAGCUAAUUUGGCAACAACAAAACGGCAGCUUGAGGCUAUUUCUGAGCAAGCCCAAGAAAGAUUACCUUCUGUACAUGGUGAAAAGACCAAAACAGAUUUGGGAAGAAACCCAGGACCGUCAUUCCCGAGUCAGCAAGACACUCGGAUGAAUGUAAAGGCAAAUUUAAACCCCAUUCCUGACCCCACACUUGGUCAAAUCCCAGAGCCAAAAAAAGAAAAACCAAUACCAACAGCAAGGAAUGUUAAAAAGCCAAAUUCACCAGCGGAUCAAAGCUGUGACUUUGGUACUACAGGGUUGCCUCUAGCCAAACCUAGGCAAGGAAGUUCAGGUAAAGAACCUGUCAGACAGGUUGAACCAGAGCAAAGUGUGCUCGCUUUUACACCAUCAACAAGUUCUCAGGUGGGAAGAAAAAAAGAAGGUAGCAUGGCACCUAAGGGCUUGUGGGAGAGCUUUAAGGAAGGAAAGCCUAUUCCUGUAAAUAUAACUAAUAAAACUGUUAACAUACCAAAAGAACAACCAUUUACAAAUGCCACCAGUAUGCCAGAGAAGAAAAUGACUGAAUUUGACCCUUUCCCAAGUGACAAACUGAUUUGCCAUGAUCCCUGGGCUUUACCACAACAGUCCAUGGAUCAAGAUGACUUCUUUUCUUUUGGACAGAAGAAAGGAAAAAAGGCUGAAGAUCAGAGAUUGAACUCCAAUGACUUUGAUAAUGUAUUUGGAUCGGUUGCAUCUAAAAAUGAAUCGGAUCCAUUUUUUGUACCGAAAGAUGAAGCAAAUAUUUUCUUUGACUCUGUGCCCUCUAAAAAUGUCACAGAUUUAAAACAAACACAUAACUCGUCCUCCCAAAAGGUAUAUUCACAAAAGAAAAAAAUGGCACCUCAGCCCCCUGGGAAUCCUGGGAUGGGAAAAGAUACCAUGGACAGACCGGUAAUUCAGGAGGCCGAUGAUGAAUUAACUGUUAAUAGUCUUGUUGGACCAGAGGGUGGGGAAUCUACAGCAGCCUCAUCUAAAGGACGUUCGGAUCUAUUUGCACCCAUUACUUCAGCUGUUCCAGAACACAUCUCUGGAAGUGCAGCUGGGGGCAAAAGCACACUCUGUGCCUGGGUAUCACCCUCUGAAUUUCAGUCAGGCACUUCACAAAGCGGUGGGGUAAUGUCCUCUCGCAGACCACACCCAGUGAAACCGAUGAGUCCCUAUGAAAGCCUGACGUCUGGUAGUAGUUCCAUAGGAAAAGAUUUGAAGAGUCCAACCAUCCGAGAAGUGGCUGAAAAAUCAAAGUCUGUAGAGUGUGGCCCAUACACCCAGCUUACUCAGGAAGAGUUGAUCACCCUGGUGGUGAAGCAGCAAACUGAGCUUUCCAAAAAGGAUGAUAAGAUUGUUGAGCUGGAAGACUACAUUGAUAAUCUGCUGGUGCGCGUCAUCGAUGAAAAACCCAGCAUCCUGUUGGCAUUGAACGGCAAGUUUUAAGACAAAACGUUCUUCACCUUCUAGACACCUACGAGGUGGAAUAUAAAUGAACCUACUGUCUACACCACAAUGUUUUGAUGAAAAGGGCUUCCUCUGAACCGAACCUUCAAAAAUAACACUCACUUCCACAUUCUGGCUUUUUAUCCUGAUUUGGUUGAGUCUUAUUUAGUAAGUGAGAGAGAGGAUAUCUGUGGUUCUGGAUUAAUCUCUGUUCAGUUUCAGGAGAAAAAAAAAAUCAACGAAGGCCUUUUUUUCACUAUUUAUAAAACAGUGACAUGAAGGAUUAUUUCUUGUGUUGUGUUUUAAUGCUACACAAAGUGCAUCUUCAGUAACGGUUAGAUGAACAAUUUGUGUGGAUUCAUUUUAUGAAUUGCAUUGUAUUCAUCUGUGGAAGGAUUCAUAUUUUAUCACUGAAUUGUUUUCCCCCCACUCUGACUGGUGUCUGGAUAGUUUUAAUAUUACAGGGAUGUCCUAUGAUUCAAAAAAAUGAAUGAAAUAAAUAAAUAAAGAUUCAUUUUGGCUAGACAAUUACUACAUUUUAUUUGUUCAGUGCAAUGUCCAUAUAAUGAAACUCUGUAUUUGAAAAUUUGUAUUUGUUUUUUUGUCACUUAUUUCACACCAUUAACACUGGAUUAUUUUGUCUGUCCUUUGCCUGAGCUUUAGGUUAUACUCAUUCUAAGAAUGAGAACAAGAUUACUGCAGAAGAUUAGAAAAUUAGAUCUGCCCAAAACAUACAAAAUUAAAUUUCCACAGUUAUGUGUCUUCGUUUAUGCUUUAAUAUGUUGUGGCAUUCAUUGAUAUUUAUUGCCUUUGCUGCUGUCUUCCAUCUCAUUUAAGAAAAGAGAGAUUUUUAACUGUCUCUGCGGUGUUUAAAUAUUUAUUUUCCUAACUAUAUAGAGAAGAAAAUUUUCUUUAUGGCAUAAUAUUUUUGCAACUCUCAGGUCACAUUCUGGUACUAUGAGAUCACUGCUAUUAUAACACAAUGUCUGCGUUCAUUAGUGUGACCUAAUCAUGGGUUUGCUUUAGUGGUGUUUCCUGAUUUAUACUUAAAGAUCAACUGCAAUAAGACUAUCAUUUAUUUUUAUAUCUUACCCCUCCUGUGUCAUUUAUGUCUAACAAUUAGUUUCUACAUUCCAAUGAUCAGAUAUAUAUUUUGGAUAAAGUAUGUGUAUAGAUAAUUGUCAAUAGAUCAUUUUUAUGUUUAUGGCAUUGAGACACUAGCUGACUGUAUGUUUAUUAUGCUCUUUUAAAAGUAAUAAAAAAUGUAUUUAUACCA